AUGAUGUUAUAUGAGUCCCACGAUCACGGGCUAUGGUGCGCCGGACUUUUGCUUCCGACCGGAACAUAACAAUUCUAUCCCUACUUGGGUGUCAGUUAAAUUAGAAUUUUCGCCCCGUGCGGUUUAUAGUCAACCCCUAACACCGGGUGUUGCGCAUUUCGAGUUCGUGUUUUUCGUAUUUUCAGUAAUAUGUAUAUUUUCCUUUCGUACUCUGAUAUUUUUACCGUAACGUAGUAGCAAUGACGUGAUUAUAUGGUUCGUUUUUUUUUCUCUCGUUUUUUUACGUGUUUUUCUUUUCACGCGUAUGGCUGUUUUAUUUUUUAUUUACUUUCUUCGUUCGUUUCCUCGUCGUACAUUUAUGAUGAGAAAAAUAUACGAGUUUAAUUAGUGUGUGUACAGUGAUGAAAUCUUUGUUAUCGGUUUAGCUAAUAAGGCUAUUUCGAUAUGGACUCUAUCGUAGUUAAUUCGGCGACUUCGGCGGUCAAAGAUUCAAGUUGACUUGGUGUAUUCGAAAUUCGCGGUCAUUAACGUGUUUUAUCAUACCGGCGUGAAUCAUUAUGUAUUACAAGGCGAUUAUACUACUCAUUUUUACCACGAUCUAUUAUUAUACUUCAGCUGAAACCGAAAGCUUGAGACUGACUGACGUUCACAUACCAAGACAUAUGGAUCUCCAUCAACCGGCUGUGUUAUCCUGUAACUUCGAUUUAGCAAACGGAAAAUUAUAUUCUGUAAAAUGGUACAAAGACGAAUUCGAAUUUUUUCGAUACAUGCCAGCUAAUAACCCGCAAAUUCUAACGUUUCCAUUGAACGGAGUAAAUUUAGAUCUUUCGCAGUCAAACAUGACAGUAAUAACUUUAAACCCUUUAAGUUUCAAUAGUAGCGGAUCGUAUCGCUGCGAAGUAUCGACUGACGCACCGAAUUUCGAGACGGCGGCAAAAAAUGGAAACAUGACCGUUAUGGUUUUUCCAAAAAGUCAACCUACCAUUGAUGGGAUAAAAGAAUAUUAUUCCUCUGGCGAGUAUAUCAUCGGUAAUUGCACAUCAUCGCGGUCAAAUCCACCCGCUGAACUUUCGUGGUAUAUAAAUAAUGAUAAGGCUGAUAGUUGGCUCAUGGAGAGAUAUCCUUUAACGAUUACCGAAGGAACUUUAUACUCGUCGGCUUUAGGCUUAAAGUUUCAAGCCGAAGAAUCUCAUUUCGCUACUAAUGAUAAAAUAGAAUUACGAUGCGAAGCCAAAAUAGCAGAUUUACCUCCGUGGCAGAACAAAAAAUCUAUAAAAUUUUACCAAAACGUCAGUAACCAUAAACCAGCGCCGGAUAGUUACAGAAAUAAUAAUGGCGCCCGAAAAACUACCGUUUUAUUGUGGACUUUACUAUUGACGUUAUGUCUGACCCAUUGGCCGAUGUAUUCGAGUAUAUAGUAACCAAGAUGAGAGAUUUUAUAUAUCCUUACGUGUACUGUACGCGCUGAUCAUACAUAAGUAAUAAUGAACGAUGUUUUCGGCACAAUUUUUUUUUUCUGUUUAUUUGUUUCGUUUUUUUUUUGUUUUGUUGUUUUUGUAUAUUUUGCACAAAUCACUGUUAAUAAAUUUUCUCUUCCUUUUAACCCUUUCAGUUUCUUGUGUAAAUAUUUAUCUUAAUAACAUAUUUGUCGGCACCAAUUGAAACGCACGUUAUAGAAUGUAUAAUUUUUUCCUCUUUAUCGGUGUUCUUUUUUUUUUUUUUUUGUGAAGUAUAAUAUCUACUUACCUAUUAUGAAAAAUGUUAAAUAAACGAAACUAUUUAUUUUUUAAGUAUCUACAUGAAUUGUUUGUAUAUUUUUUUGGGAAUUUUAAAUAAACGAUUUAGAUCGGA